AUGUCAGGGUUAUAUACCCCCAACUUCUCCCCUUCAAGAGCCAUCUCUCCGCAGAUAAGGGGCGCCACAGAUAUAGACAGGUACAGAGUCAUGCUCACACGGCGCAGUGUUUGUUCGUCGUCGUUCAGGUCGAGUUCUUUCCGCUUCGUUCCUAAUCUGUUUCUUCGUCCGUAUAGUCAAUACUUGACAGAGCUAUUGACAGAGCAUCAGAAGCUCGGACCCUUCAUGCAAGUUCUUCCCAUAUGCAGCCGAUUACUCAAUCAAGGUCAGCUGUUGGAAGAUUUCCCCCUCGCGCGUUGCUCAUCCUGUAGUCAAUCUGAAUGCCGUGUUGCCGCAAAUUUUGGCCAUUAAUCGGUCGAUUAUAACCGUCUACUUUCAUCGUGACUCAAUGGAUGGACAGUCUUUGGUAUAUUAUUUCGACGGGACUCCUUUUGCUUCCAUUUUCGUAUAGAAAACAAGUCAUAGCGUUCUAUCCAGGAACCAGGGCCCCUCGAUAUCCUGCUUACUUCGAUUGCCUGAGAUAGUCUAAGCUGAUGAUGGGCUGUUUCAAGGCUCAAUACUCUGCUUCUUAACCCCGUGGAGUUCGCUGUAGCUUCUUUCUUUGCAUGCUAGUAUAAACUAUGAAGAGAAUAUGUCCACUUUCUGAAGCAGCACUUUAUGAUGUGCCUAGCAAUUAGAGUAACUCGCGCUUCUCUCUCUCUCUCUCUCUAGAGUUUCACGUGUGAAUAGUUUGCUGACCGGUACAGUUGGUUGCUCCUUUCCACCCUCCCAAGAAGAAUUGACUUAUUUUUGUAUGAUCCAUUUUUCCUGUAGAGAUUAUGCGGGUCUCUGGCAUGGCUUCCAACCAUGGGUUUAGCGACUAUGAUAGAUUGCAGUAUCGAAGUCCGAGUCCCAUGGCAUCUGCAAAUCUCCUCUCUGAUGUUGGAGGGGGCGGUUGGAGCGGGGUCCACCCGGAGGUGAGCAUCCACAAGGCCAUCUGCUGUUGUUGUAAUGUCUAAUCCUACUUCGCCAUUUUGCUAUGUUCUUCUUCUUGAUGUUUGUUCUCUUUAGCUCUGAAAGAUGGUGUUGAAUCUCAUCCUCUUCUCGCGCUGUUGCUCUCAUAUUGCCCAGAACUUCGUCUUGGAGCCCCUGUCGCACCUGACUGAGAUUGGUAGAGAUCAGAUCAAUUGGAGGGUUAUGUGUCCCGUGUCAUCUUCUUUGUUGUAUAUCUCAUUGAUCACUCUACCUUUGAGCUUUCUUUUUCACAUUAUGUCGCAGCUCAAUUGCCAAUGGUAGAGUGAAAAGAGGAGUAUGCCUUGGUGGAUACUGAUGCCAUAUUUUAUAGCAGCCCUUCUCUCUAUUCGCCGUCCUAAUUUCCACUACACCUGCUAUCAGAAACCUGACCUUGAGUGAUACCCAUCUUGUCUUACAUCAUCUCUGUUGAUCCACUCUUGGAGAGCUUGCUCUGUGGACCAAUGGGCUUGUGAUCCUAAGUUUUCUUGGUCUAUUCAUCGUUUGAGCGGGUACCGAAUGGUAGAGAUGAUGUUUGCAAUCAAAGAUUUUAAGGAAGAAACCUUUGUAAUCGAAGAUUCAUCUUCUUUGUUUUAUUCACUCUUCGUUAGCAUUUUUCUUGGAAGGUUAAAGCGAUUUGAUCCAUGCUUUCAGUUAGGGGAUCACAUCGUUUUAUCCGGAUUCCACGCGGAGAUUAAGUCAAACUAGAAGUAGAUGGUGUUGAUUCACUAGUAGAAUUCAGCAGUUUCUCACGUUGACGAAUUUUAUGUAUAUUCAGGAGGUCAGAGAGAUGCUUCCUUGUGGUCUGAGCCCGUUUUGUUUGGAUUUGGUCCUUGUCGGCACCCACUUAGCACUUCUUCCGUUUCUAUACCAUCUUUGAUCACGUAAUAUCCUAACAUUUUUGCGGAUGGCUUAUGUUUCUGAUUUUGAUAGUAUUCAGCUAUCGUUUUGUGAGGAAAUAGACAAGGGUAACAUCUUUGCUAAGAUAUUUCAGCUAAAUGAUGCUAUUAGGCGACUUCAACACAGAAGAAGAGGAUCUGUACUCAAUAGUUCAUAUCAAGAAGCUUCCCCCACUAAUAUUUGCUUUUAAGAGUUAUUACCAUGGGAUUGACUUCAGAGUCCGUGUAUGGGUUGAGGGAGGAGUUUAUUUUAUCACUGAUCUAUGGUUAGGCUUGAAGGUAGCCGCUUAUAAUGUCACACCAUCUUCUUGUUUGGAGUAAGAAGCGAAAAUGAUUUACAUCAACGUGUUGUGAAAACUGCUAGUGGAGCAUGUUGGUUGCAAUUUAUUGUCAUUCUUCUCUUUUUUCCGAUCAUUUGGUUUAUAACAGCAAGUUAUUGUCAUUAAUGAAAGGCAUCCGACAGGGUUAUGCUAAAAAUCCCAAAAAGAAUUGAUUGGCGCAUAAGUUGGUGCAAUUCGGACCAGCCUGAGGCUGACAUGGUGAAUGUGGUCCUCUGUUCUAUGGUCUCCUACACGGUUAUACUAAAAAUCCCAAUUACGAUUGAUUGGCUCACAAGUUGGUGCAAUAUUGCAGAUGCCUUACUACUAACCUAGUAGCUGCAUAGAUGGGCCUGUUGUGAUUGUGAAACUCCUGUUCCUCUUCAUUGCUUUCCUCUCUUCCUCACUUGUGCUUUUACGCAUCAUCUUGAUUUCUUUUUGUUUUCUUUUCUGCUUAAUCCUUUCCAGCUUCCACUGUCCUUGUGUAGAACAAGAAUGCAGCAAAGCAGUUGUGCAAUCAUAAUUUCACAACUUUUUUGGUUAUGGCAGAAGUUGCAGUCAGCGGUUUUUCAGAGUUUCUGGUGUUUGUCGAUCAGGGUUUCAGAACGCUUUUUGUGUCUCUCCCAACAGGAUUUUCCAAAAGCUUAUGCAACUGCCUCAGGCUUGUUUAGAACAGGUUAUGGUGAUGAUGGGUUGUCCUUUGCUUGCCUUUGUGAUGACAGUUAAAAUCCUCAUGUGAGAACUAUCUGAAGGUUCGUCCAUUUCUGCUUACCAUGGUUCUCAGUGUGAUUAUGCUCCAGGCAACCACAGUAGCUCCUUCUUGAUGUGAAUCAGAAAACAUAUUCUGUACUGGGGAAGAAACAUGAGCAGGGUAGCCAGAUUGUAAGAGUUAGCUGGAUGAUGACAAAGAAGCAACAUCACGGUGACAUGCUGGUCGAUUUUCAAAGAUGAUAAUAAUAAUAAUAAUAAAAUAAAAUAAAACGUUUUGCAAUCAGUUGACUGUUUAAUGUAUGUUGGAUCCCCUAUUGAAAGUCAUUCCACCAUCUUUUCUUUCUUGGAUUAUAUUUUCAGAAGUUUUGGAAAGGCCCUUCCAUGGUCACUUUAUUUAUGUACUAUUUUUGUUCCUGCAUUGCGUUGACUUUUUGUGCUGUUUAUUCGGUGAGCAGAGAUUUGGUGCUCCUCGGGGAACGACGAUGGAUUGGCAGAGCGCGCCACCCAGUCCGAGCUCAUACAUCGUCAAGAAGAUCCUGCGCUUGGAAAUCCCAGUGGAUACAUAUCCGAACGUAAAUACCCCAUCAUUUGCUAAGCAUUUCAGGUUGCAUUCAAUAUUUGUUGAUACUCAGGUUUAUAUGGCAGCAGUUCAAUUUUGUUGGGCGGCUCCUCGGUCCCCGGGGCAAUUCACUGAAGCGAGUGGAGGCCUCCACCGGCUGUCGUGUGUACAUCAGAGGAAAGGGCUCGAUUAAGGAUCCGGGCAAGGUAUGCCAUCUAUUCUGCGAUUUUGGUUUUCUGAGGAAUCAUUGAAUAGAAAUUCCCAUCAGAGCACUGUUUCUCUUCAAACCCAUUGUUUUUUUUUAGUAGUGAUUUCGACUUGCCAUUAUUGUAUUUACUUGCAUUUAUUUAGAAACUUAAACUAGUCAAGAAAAAAAUGGGAAUCUCUUGUUGACUGUUACAUCCAAGCCAAAGCUUUUGAGAAACCCUUUGACCCAUCUCUCUUCAAACCCAUUAUUUUUUUUUAGUAGUGAUUUCGAAUUGCCAUUAUUUUAUAUAUUUUUGUAUUUAUUUAGAAACUUAAGCCAGUCAAGAAAAAAAUGGGAAUCUCUUGUUGACUAUUACAUCCGAGCUAAAGCUUUUGAGAAACCCUUUGACCCAUCUGGGUUAUGCUGCCAGCCCAAAAUGUGAUUUCUCCCCACUCCUUGAGAAUAAUCGCACGCUAUAUCUUGCUCAAAUAAAUGACCUAUGGGGUGUUGUUCGAGUCCCUGACUUCCAUAUCAUUUUCUACAGAAAGAAUUCCAUUUUCAUCUCACGAGUAGCUGCAGGAUGUCAUAUAUUUUCCCAAUUUAAUCAUAUAAUUGGAAAAAGCCUUGGAGAAGUUACGAAGUUAUCAGAGUACUACUUGGUAGAUCUGCUUGAAAAAAAAAAAAAGUCUUUACCAUACUCAUGAUUUUGUUCUCGUAUACCAUACACUUUCGAGUUCCAUUUAUUUUCCUGUUAUUAUGAGCAGCAUAGCAUGCUGAGCAUAUGGAUGGGCUUGAAGGCAACUACAUAGAGAACAGAGCCUUCUGUUUUAGGAACCUCGGACUCUGUUGCUCUGCUUCACAAAGAUUGCUUCUCUCCUCUCCUCAUCUCCUACUUUCUGUCGGUAAAUCUAGGGUUUAAUUUCUCUUGCCAUUGUUUUUCCAACCCGAAGGAGGUGAAGCUCAGUGGAAAAUCCAGCCGUGAACAGCUGAAUGAGCUAGCUGUUGAACAGAUUUCUCUCGUUGACUCCUAGUUUCCCUCAGUACUUAAGAAUUGAAUCCCUUUUGGCAUUGUUUUUCCAACCCAGAGUAGGAGAAUCUCUGAGGGAAACCCAUUUCAAUGGCCCGCUUCACAAAGUUCGAUUUUUUGUAGGCUUCUAGUCUCUUCAGUAAUUUUAGGGCUUGAUAACUCUUGCCUGUGUUUUUCCGACCCCGAGGAAUAGGAGAAGCUCAGAGGAAAUCCCAGCUAUGAGCAUCUGACUGGCCCGUCUCAUGCAGAUCGCUUUCUCUGUUGAUUUCUAUUCUCUGUCAGCAGUUUUAGGCCCUUUGAAUCCUCUUGCGCUGAAUCAGUCUCACCAGUUUUUCUUUUUUCCACCCCAAGGAGGAGAAGCUCAGAGGAAAACCCGGCUAUGAACAUCUCAACGACCCCCUCCAUGUCUUGGUCGAAGCGGAGCUACCUGCUAACAUUGUAGAUGCAAGGUUAAGGCAAGCCCGGGAGAUCAUUGAGGAGUUGCUAAAGCCUGUGGUAUCUCUCUCUCUCAUGGUCUUUGGACUAAUAUUUCUGCUGCUGUUAUUUACACCUCGACCAAAGUUGAGAAAGCCCACAAGUUCUUCUCUAUAAUUCUUCUCUGGGCGCAGGAUGAAUCCCAGGACUUCUACAAGAAGCAGCAACUGAGAGAGCUAGCCAUGCUGAACUCGAGCCUGAGGGAGGACAGCCCUCACCCCAGUGGUAGCCUCUCCCCGUUUGGCAGCAGUGGGAUGAAGCGGGCAAAGACUGGGCGGUAG